AUGAAUCAACAGCGCGGCGCCGGUGGUGCAAUGGGUGGUAUGGGGGGUAUGGGCGCGAUGGGAGCCAUGGGAGCCAUGGGAGGGACCAUGUCUCAAUAUUGGAAGAGACAUAUCGCCGACAGCUUUUGGCUCCGUAUCGCCAUCGAUUUCCUAGCUGCUUUAGCUAUUCUAUUCCAAUGCCUUGUCAUCCUUGGAUGCGUACCAGGGGCGCCGGGGUCUUCGAGUGCUGCUUCGCAGUAUUAUCUGAUAGAGUUUAAUGCUGCAAAUGGGACCGCAACCACAAGACUGCGGAUUGGCUAUACAGCUAUGUGUUUGUCGCUUUCAGAUCAGCCUGAACAUUGUGCCAUCACUGUUGGCAAGGAUGAUGAAACAAGUAUUCGCUUCUUGUCGACGGGGCAGAACGACAGAGUCUCCUUCGAUCUGUUGGAAAACAACCAAAGACUGAACACGGUUCUCUUUGACAUCGCAAUGUCCCUCCAGAAUGACGUUUUUAUAGUUAUGCCUGCGAUCCCGGGAGCAUUUCUCGCAGUCGGUGUUAUACUUCUUAUUGCAUAUUCCACCCUGAAUCGACCUUGGGUAGGACCGGCGUCAUCUUGGAGGCAGUCUCAGCGAAAUCGAAGACUGGAUAUCAUGAGGCUCAUAAUGAUCGUUUGUCUUGGAUUGACAAUAGUGUUCUCGUUUGCGAUUGCGGUGGCCAACUCCCAACUCUUUGCAGCCAUGGCUAAGAUCACUUCUCAUAAUCAGCAAGCCGCAGAUGUUUUCAAUGUCAACCGAGGGACGACAGCGCUCGCACUACACUGGCUAACUGUGAUUGCUACCCUUGGAUUCUUCAUCGGAGUAAUCCAAACACAUGUCAAUAUAAGUAGUAUCAAGGUCAAGGUCACUCCAGCAGAUACUGCAGGCACUACCGGUGGGCGCCAAUUCGCUGCUGCAGGCGACACUAUCGAGAAAUCUUCGCUUCUUAAAGACGCAGAGCCUAUGGCGAUUGCUCCUGCUGGUCUGACACCCCAAGCUCCAGACGGAGGAGCUGGUACUGGUGGAGCGGUGGGAAGAGGCGGCAUGGCAGGUGCACGUGGCAGGGGAGGAGUGAUGGGUCGAGGAGCUGCACGGGGUGGCGCUAUGAGGGGAGGUAUGCGAGGGCGAGGUAUGAUGUAA